AGCUGCCUCCCUUCUCGACAAGCUUCAGCCAGAAAACACACAGGAUCUGUCUUCCAACUGGUACACGUGCCCGUGCAAUUAUUGCACCCCCUCACCUUGCCAUUCGCCAAGUGCCAACCCAUAAAGUGCCAAAACCUGGAGGCAAAAGCAAAGUAUGAGCAGCACGCCUGUUGCCUACAAGGAACUUCAGCGAUAUCAGUUGGAUGAACGCUGAUAUAUAUGAUCGCACCAAAAUGUUUAAGGUGCUAAAGGCACCCAUGACAGCAUGGGCAUGCUGGUAAAGUAGCCACAGGAAGUCAGUACAUAGUGAGUGUCACUCAACUCCUACCGAUCUCCGGUUGCGUCUCUUUAAUUUGCUCCAUGGAAGAAGCCGGAGCAAAGAAGUUCUUCACGGGAAAUGAGAUCUCCGACCGUCCUCUGCUCAACCUCGAUCUGUCGAUCAGCACCAGCAGCUUGCGUCCGUCUUCGAACGAGGAAUCUGUGAGAUGUGAGCUGAAGCGACAGAGUGAGGAGCAGAUUCGAGUUGCCACUCUGGAGAAUGCUUACGCUGAGAGAGUGAGGGAGAUGACGAGAAGGGAGCUGGAGUUGGCGGAGAAAGACUUCGCGCGAGCCAGACUGAUCUGGGAGCGAGCCAGAGAAGAGAUGGAGAAGGUGGAGAGGAUGAAGGAGAUAGCCGGCAGAGUGAACUCCAGCUGCUUGGAGAUCACCUGCCACAAUUGCCAUCAACGCUUCCACCCAUAAAUAAAAGCAGUCGAUCGCCAGAUUCUAUUCGAGAUUGAUUUCCAUUUGUUGCUAAAUAAACAAUUAACUAUUUCUUUUUUUGAAAAAAAAUGUUUGAUUGUCGAAAGGUUUGUAGAACUAUAUCUCUUCUGUGUACAUCAUGGCGUCGGAACAGAAUUAUUGCGUUCAUCAUUUUCUAAGAUCCAUGGAUCUUUU